CUGCCGGGGCCCCUGGCCCAGCCCCAGGCCUCGGCCUUGGCCACCGUGAAAGCCAGCAUCAUCAGUGAACUCAGCUCCAAGCUUCAGCAGUUUGGGGGCUCCUCGUCUGCCGGUGGGGCUCUGCCCUGGGCCCGAGGAGGCAGCGUGGGGAGCACGGACAGCCACCACGGGGGCGCCAGCUACGUCCCCGAGAGGACCUCCUCGCUGCAAAGGCAGAGACUCUCCGAUGAUUCCCAGUCCUCGCUCCUCUCCAAACCCGUCAGCAGCCUGUUUCAGAACUGGCCCAAACCGCCUCUGUCGCCACUGUCCACCGGAACCGCGGUCUCCCCUUCGGCCGCCGCAGCCCCCGGGGCCACCUCCCCAUCAGCCUCCUCCUCCUCCGCGUCCACCCGCCACCUCCAGGGCGUGGAGUUCGAGAUGCGGCCCCCUCUGCUCCGCCGGGCCCCCAGCCCUUCCCUGCUGCCCACCUCGGAGCACAAGGUCAGCCCCGCGCCCAGGCCCUCGUCCCUGCCCAUCCUGCCUUCCGGACCCCUGUAUCCGGGCCUCUUUGACAUCCGUGGCUCCCCCACCGGAGGGGCAGGAGGCUCGGCGGACCCCUUCGCCCCCGUCUUUGUGCCGCCACACCCGGGGAUGUCCGGGGGGCUUGGAGGAGCCUUGUCGGGGGCCUCCCGCUCCCUGUCGCCGACCCGCCUGCUUUCGCUGCCCCCGGACAAGCCGUUUGGCGCUAAACCUCUGGGGUUCUGGACCAAGUUUGACGUGGCGGAUUGGCUGGAGUGGCUGGGCCUGUCUGAGCACCGAGCCCAGUUCCUGGACCACGAGAUCGACGGUUCCCACCUGCCGGCCUUGACCAAGGAGGACUACGUCGAUCUGGGGGUGACCAGGGUGGGCCACCGCAUGAACAUCGACCGGGCUCUCAAAUUUUUCCUGGAGAGGUGAUGGCUGGCCCGGACGGACAAGCCCGUCCACAGAACCCUUGAGCCUGCUGGCCUCUUGACCUCUGACCCUGAUCGUCAUUCUCUUCCCAGGCCAGGGACUCUGCUCAGACUAUGCCCUGCCCUGUCUCCCAAGGCCGGGGGUCACCAGGUGGCCUGACCAGACAUUUGCACCUCACAGGAGGGGGCAGCUGAUGCGAGACUGCGUGUGUGACACGGAGUGCGGAGGGGGGGAUAGAAGUUGCAGAGGGGGGGUUGAGAAGGAGGGAAGGGCCGAUUCUGGGGGGAGGGGACAGACAGAGCCAUAGAGGGUCAGCCCUGAGCCUGACUGGAUGGGGCCCGUCCCCCAGGCCACAGGGGAAGGGGGUGCCCUCAGAUUCCACCACCUGCCGCCCCUCUAGCAACCCUUCCCCCUCUCCAGGCCCCUCAGCCCUCCCCCUCCCCCGCACACAGCCCGCUGCGCCCUGGCCUCUUGCACGUUCUGCCCACUCCGUCGCACGCCUGCUCGCCUCUCGCCCCGCCCCCUUCCCAGGCUGCAAUUUUGCACAAACUUGCCCUCUCGCUGUCUUGCACAUUCUGCCUUUGCUUCCGGCUCGCGAGGCCCUCAGCUCUCCAGCAAGCUCAGCGUCCCCCUCCUUCUCGCACAUGCCGCAUUUCUGUUGUCACACGCGCUGCGUCUCUGUGCUGUCCUCUGGGGGCCCUCCCUUACUCGCCUCAUUUCAUGAGAUCCCGGACCCUCCUUCCCGCGCUCACUCUGGACCCUCGUUGCAGACACACUUGGGACCCGUUUUCCCUCCUUCCUCGCAGCCGCCACACACAUUCAUUCCCCAGGGUGCCCCUCUUUCUGUCCGACCUUUGUGCACCUGUGCACCCCUCCUGACACACGCUGACCUC